CUACAGCCCCAACAACUACAACAACUACAACUGCAGCUCAAACUACAACAGUUGCCCCAACAACUACAACAGUUGAACCAACAACUACAACUGAUGCCCCACCAAGCCCAACAACUACAACAGUUGAACCAACAACUACAACUGACGCCACAACAACUACAACUGCAGCUCCAACUACAACAGUUGAACCAACAACUACAACUACAGGCCCAACAACUACAACAGUUGAACCAACAACUACAACUGACGCCACAACAACUACAACUGCAGCUCCAACUACAACAGUUGCCCCAACAACUACAGCUACAGGCCCAACAACUACAACUGUUGCCCCAACAAUUACAACUGCAGCAGAAACAACUACAACAGUUGCCCCAACAACUACAGCUGCAACUACCACUGUUGCCCCAACAACUACAGCUGCAGCAGAAACAACUACAACUGCAGCAGAAACAACUGCAGCUGUUGCCCAAACAACCACAACUGCAGCAGAAACAACUACAGCUGUUGCCCCAACUACCACAACUGCAGCAGAAACAACUACAACUGUUGCCCCAACUACCACAACUGCAGCAGAAACAACUACAACUGCUGCCCAAACAACUACAACUCCAGCAGAAACAACUACAACUGACGCCCCAACAACUUCCCCAACAACUACAACUGAUGCCCCAACAACUACAACUACAGGCCCAACAACUACAACUGUUGCCCCAACAACUACAACUACAGGCCCAACAACUACAACUGUUGCCCCAACAACUACAACUGCAGCAGCAACAACUACAACUGCUGCCCCAACAACUACAACUAACGCCCCAACAAGUACAACUGCAGCUCCAACUACAACAGUUGCCCCAACAGCUACAACUACAGGUCCAACAACUACAAUUGCAGCAGCAACAACUACAAUUGUUGCCCCAACAACUACAACUGUUGAACCAACAACUAUAACUGUUGCCCCAA